AUGGGAUUGUGUCAGAGUGACGAGGACAAGAGUGGCUUAGAUAAAAGCAAACAGAUCGACAAGCAAAUCAAGCAGACAGCUGCUGUUGAUGAGCGAACCGUGAAGUUGCUCCUUUUGGGAGCGGGAGAAUGUGGCAAAAGUACGGUGCUGAAGCAGAUGCGAAUACUUCACAAUAACGGGUUUACCGACGAUGAAAUAACACAACAGAAACGGGUCGUCUACAAUAAUACGGUGACAGCGAUGCAUCAACUGAUCAAAGCCAUGCAACAGUACCAGAUUAAAUAUUCGUCUCCUGAACGCGAGGCGGACGCGAUGAUCGUCCAAGAUGUGAUCAAGCAGGGUCGCGAAUCGGAACCAUUCACGCCUGACUGGCCGUGGCCAUCAAGAAGUUGUGGAAUGACAAAGCCGUUCAAGACAUCUAUGAGGAGAAACGACUGGACUGGAAUUUUUCUCGACAGCGUCGACCGGAUAUCGAAUGUGAAUUACAAACCAACCGAUCAAGACAUACUGCUUACCCGAAUAAAGACCACAGGAAUCGUAGAAGUCUCGUUCAUGAUCAAAAAAGUUCACUUCAGGGUUUUCGACGUUGGCGGUCAACGAUCCGAACGGAAAAAAUGGAUUCAUUGUUUUGAAAAUGUGAACGCCAUAAUCUUCAUAGCCGCCGUCAGUGAAUAUGAUGAAGUGCUAUUUGAGGACGAGACUACGAAUCGAAUGCUUGAAUCACAACGUCUCUUUGAAUCGAUCUGCAACAGCCGAUGGUUCAUCAACACUUCGAUUAUUUUGUUUAUGAAUAAAAAAGAUCUGUUCAUGGAGAAGAUCCAGCGUGUGUCCAUCAAAACAGCGACCACAAACAUACGAGGAUUCAAUCAAGUACAUCAAGCAGCGGUUCGAGUUGUGAACCAGAAUCCGAAGAAGACCAUAUUCGUGCACGAGACCUGCGCCACGGACACUGACCAAGUGCAGAAAAUUCUCGAUUCAGUAAUAUCAAUGAUUAUUCAGCAGAAUCUUCACAAAAGCGGUCUCUACUAG